UAAUUUUGUCGUUAGGGCUUGUUUCAUCAAACUGCACAUAGCACCUGGAACCUCGAUCCUAACACUUAGCCUGUGUAACUUGAUCACAUUAGAGCUUAUAUGUUUGUGGGGACCGGAAAAAGAAACUUUAGCGGUCAUAUCUUGAUCUUUUAUUGUUGUUUCAAGUUUGUUUCUCAAUAUAGGUUCCUUUCUUGCUUGCACUUGUAAACAGCUUUGGGGGUAAAAUUGCAGAUGUACUGGAGGAACUGCUGCAUUCAUUUCCAAACCUAGUCAUGACUACAGAUUCAUCCAAUUCUACGGCGUUACACACAGCAGCUGCACAGGGACAUAUUCAUGUAGUAAAUAUGCUUCUGGAGAUUGAUUCAAACCUGGUUAAGAUUGCUCGGAACAAUGGAAAGACUGUGCUCCAUACAGCAGCAAGAAUGGGCCACUUGGAGAUAGUUAGAUCCCUUCUGAGCAAGGAUCCUGAUAUUGGUUUUAGAACAGAUAAAAAAGGCCAGACUGCCCUACACAUGGCUGCAAAGGGACAAAAUGGUGACAUUGUGCUUGAAUUAAUCAAACCAAAUCCUGCUGUAUUGGCCUUGGAAGAUAACAAAGGAAACAGAGUACUUCAUAUUGCAACAAGAAAGGGGAGGGUACAGAUGGUGCAAUGUCUUAUAUCAAUUGAGGGCAUCGAUCUCAGUGCAAUUAAUAAGGCUGGAGAAACGGUUCUUGAUAUUGCAGAAAAGUUUGGAACUCCAGAGCUUGUUUCUAUUUUGAUAGAGGCCGGAGCUACCCAUUCCAAAGAUCACGGGAAGCCCCCCCCUGCUGCAAAGCAACUCAAGCAGACUGUCAGUGACAUAAAACAUGAUGUGCACUCCCAGCUCCAACAGAGUCGGCAGACUGGCUUCAGAGUACGAAAAAUUGCAUUGAAGGUGAAGAAGCUCCACAUUAGUGGUCUUAAUAAUGCCAUCAACAAUGCAACAGUUGUCGCUGUCCUUAUUGCUACUGUUGCUUUUGCUGCCAUCUUCACUGUACCUGGCCAAUAUGUUGAAGAGAAAACAGAUGGAUUUUCUCUUGGCGAAGCAAACGUAGGCAGAAAAGCAGCUUUCAUAAUCUUCUUCUUGUUCGACAGUAUGGCCUUGUUUAUUUCAGUUGCUGUUGUCGUGGUCCAGACAUCCGUGGUCGUGAUUGAACAGAAAGCAAAGAAGCGACUCAUGUUUUGGAUAAACAAGCUCAUGUGGGCAGCUUGCCUCUUCAUCUCGAUCGCCUUUAUCUCUCUUAGUUACGUGGUAGUUGGAUCUAAGGAAAGAUGGCUUGCUGUCUAUGCAACUGUAAUUGGUAGCAUAAUAAUGCUCACUACAAUUGGCUCCAUGUGCUAUUGUGUAGUUCAACAUAGGCUAGAAGAAUCGAGGCUGAGGAGCAUUAGAAGAGAUGAGACUCAUUCACGUUCUUUUCCAUUGUCUGUGGCAUCAGAUACGGAGCUUUGCAGUGAGAACUACAAGAGGAUGUAUGCAGUCUAGGAAGAACAAUCAGACAGCUUUCUGCCUAUGACAUAAAACACAGCUUUGUAAUUAAAACUAUAAGCAAAUAUAUGCAGUUCUCAAACAUGAGGUCCAAGAACUUCUGCCAUGGCAUCAGAUUCAGAAUGGUGAAAGUACAAAAAGGAUCUGUGCUGCUUAGGAACAAAUGAGCAGAGAGUUUCAAUAGAUUCUCAAUAAUAUUUCUAUUAUAUCUGUCCCCGCAAAAUUCUCUAAUGUGGGUUCCUGCAACCACUGAAUUGUUGCAAACUGGGGUUGCAUAUUCCUUACAAGUUCAAAAUGAAGCCUUAGCAGAUCUUUCAGUUUUCGCCUCAUAAAAAUGCGGACAGUUUCGAGAAGCAUGCUCUCUUGAAGUUGACUAACUAUAUGGCUCCAAUACUAGCACACCAGAUUGGCACUCCGUGACAAGAAUGUGGGGAUGGCUGCUAUUUACUUUUAUGCCUAUAUACGUGAUCAACUUCUUAGUUCAUCAAACAAAAUGGUGUCAUUGUAUAUUUUAUGAUAGUUUUUUUUGCCUCAUCAUGAAGGUCCAUCUUUUCCAGCUGCCAUAAUUUGUUAGAAUUCUGCCAACAUGCCCUGAGAAUGAGCUAGUUCUGUGAAAGUUGAGCUUGUAAUAUAAUAAGAGCACAACAUUGUGUCUUAAGGAAAGGAAAAUCUCAGUUCAGGAUUGAUAAUUAGUAGGUUUUAAAGGAGCAGAAUCUCUAGUUUGAGCAAGUUCUCCGACUCCAAGAAUCAUGUAACAGUAUUUAGGCUGAACAUUGGGAACCCAAUUUAUCCUAAUUUUGCCGGUUAUUUUC